AUGUCCCUCGAGACAGUGGUUCUUGACCACCUUCCCACACACUACGCCGUGCAUCUUGCCUUGUUCAGAGACGUGCGCAACGCCACAUUUCUCCACAGCCAACUUCUUGCACUCAACUUGGACUUUGAAUACGGCCUCGUUGAUGCCUCAGUUAUUGUCUCGCGGCAACACCUGCUUGCGGCAGUCUUCAAGGCUGUCACCUCGAGUGCCACAGACACCCUCAAAACGCCAAAUGUUCAUUCGGAGAUUGUUGCAUCGCUGAGUCCAUCCAAAAAUAUUGCAGAAGCGUACCGCAGGUUUGGCAUUUCGCCCAACACGAAAGACCUAAUAGUGGUCAAGGUCAUCAAGGAUGACAGCCUGUCGGCCGAGAAAAUAUCUGCCCAUCUGGCUUCUCAUGUUGAAGGCAGCUGGGUGCCCGUUACUGAUGAAGGCAUUGCUGCCGCCACCAACAUGACCAAGAUUUUGAAAUACUACAAACUCAACGGCCUCAACUGGAUGAACAGCAUCAAGGACACAAAGGCAAAGCACAAAGAGAUAGAGAUGCUCGUACUGGGGGCCAUGGCCCUUCACGGAGUGUGA